AUGCCUAUCGGCGAGGGUAACAAGACUCCAUGGAGCGAGUCGGAGAUGAUGAUCGACCAACUCGGUACGGUUGACUGGGAUGGUAUCGACUUGCCGAAAGAUCGUACCCUUACUGGGGCCAUAAAGAUGAUCGCGAAGGCGAAGGCAAAGCUUGCGGCAGACGUCUCGGGAUCUGUGGGGGGCAACGGAGUAUCUGCCCGAGGCCUUGGUAAGAGACGCGGUGCCAGCAAGAAAGCAGCUAGUGAGGAAGGUCGACGAAGAAGGCCAAAGCCACCAAGGGUAACAAAGCUAGGCCGGUCAAAGCUGGUGUGGAUGAGCUGGCGGUUGAUAGCGCUCACGACGACGCGGGGGAUACAGACGGUAUCGAAGACGUGGCAAUCAAGGGAGAGCCGGGGGAUGAUGAUGGCAUCUUCGCCUGAGCAGGCAAUGGCUGCGGACGUUGUGCCGACUCCCAUCAGCUGCCACCCGUAG